UCAACGCUGCCUACUUCAAGGGCACGUGGCAGUACUUCUUCGACGCUGCGGCCACCACACCUAGGGAGUUCUACGUUACACCCGGCGACUCCGUCAUGACCCCUAUGAUGAAACAGGCCGCGUCCCUUAGAUAUGGUGAGUUCGACCACAUCGCCGCAAGGGUCCUGGAACUGCCCUACGCCGGUGGUGCCAUGUCCAUGUUCCUUUUGCUUCCCAUGGGCGAGGGGACUCAAGGCUUCGCUAGCAUGGUAACAAGGCUGAACGAAAACAAUAUGCAAGCCGUGACCCUCGGGAAUAACUUGGUCAAGAAGGAUGUCGACCUUCUGUUGCCGAGAUUCAGGCUUGAGCAAACAGUUUCCAAGACUCUAAUCCCGGCUCUUCAGAACAUGGGGAUCAUCGAUAUCUUUGACAGCAGGAAAGUGGACUUAACAGGUUUUGGACCUCUGCGAAACAUCACCGUCGACAAAGCCAUACACAAGGCCUUUGUGGAGGUGAACGAAGAAGGCACAGAGGCUGCUGCGGUAACGGCGGCCAUCCUAGUGUUCAAGUCGGCGUCGAGCAGUCGAGACGACCUGCCCAUCCAAUUCCACUGUAACCGCCCUUUCGUCUUCCUCAUCCAGGACAACGAUACCCAAAACAUUCUCUUCAUGGGAGCCUUUAAGAACCCGCGAGGAAGGGCUCAGUGAGGGAGAGAUCCUUUGAGCGGCAACAGGCUGGAAAGAGAAUGGGAAGAGGAGAAGGAUCAUUUUAGACGAAAACGGAGCCGGUGCUUAGCCUGGCAUGCACAUUAUCUCGU